AUGGAUCGCGAAGACUACAAGAUUCUCCCAAGCUUCUUGCUUUCCAUCAGGAAGAGAUGUGGCAUAAUCCCGACCUUCGGCUUCAUCUACACCAUCAUCCUCCUAUGCUCCGAUAUCCCGGUCCCCGAGUUCAAGCAAGCCGUGGCCCUAUUUCUCAGCAGCAUCCUGAUAACCGCCUGGGUUCUGGCCCCCAUGUGCAGCAUUUUCCCGUCCCGGAUUGUGGGGAUUGUAUGCACCGGCAGCUCCUUCGUCCUCUCCGUCGUCGCGUUGGCCCUUGUGUGCGUCCGAUGGCAGCAAGCGCUCAAAACCGCCGACGAAUGGUCUGUCCCGCGCAACGUGGACCUGUCCCUCGUCCCCGUAGAUGCCGACCCGAAUCUCUGGAAGCUGGUCCGAAACCGGCAGUACGGUAUCGGCGUUAUUGUCGGCGCCGCGCUGGACCUGGCAAUUAAUACCAUCUGCGCUUUGGUUGUGUGUGGCGUGGGCUCGAUGACCAUUGGCGAGCGGAAGCAGGUAAAGAAGGAUGAGGAGGCGGCCCAAAAAAGUGAGCAGACGGCGCAGAACGGUAAAAAGACGGCGAAGGAGAGCAAGGCAGGCCAGGUGUAAUCGACCACCCCCGAGCAAAGCCGGACCAGACUGGUUGGCCGCGUGAGGGAGCUCCCUUUACCAGA